AAUUGAUAGAUUGACUCAUCUUUGUAUCUAUGCCAUUAUAGCAUCUGUGACAUCAUGGACAGCGCUAUUGAUGCUAUAUCCAUUUUAAAGUAGUCCAUUUUCUUCUCCUUCAUUGGCUGAUGGCACUCAACUCAUAGGAAUCCCCACCCAAUUGACUACUUUAAAAUGGUGGAAGCCCUCAAUGGCAAUGUCCAUGCUAAAAUAUCCAUGAUGAGUCCUCCAACUAUCUAUAUGACAACCAGCACAACCCCAAUGUAAAGUCAUUUUGGGUAAGUUGCCGAAAUGCCACGCAUAUCAGUGCGUUCGUAACAACAUAACCAUUACAAAACUUCUAUUUGAUCAAAUAUGCCUCAUGUUUCAAAUUGGUAAUUACAUUUUUAUAGACCAAAUUCAACUCUCUCAUUGAACGCCAUACAAAAAUUCCUCACUUUGUGCAUUUAUUUUUGUGGACAGAGUUUGGGUGAAGUAAAACCUCUCUCCUCUUCCUCUCUGGGUGUACUCAAUUUAACUCCUUGGUUGUACUUUACGUUUUCCACAAGAUGGUGCUAGAACAAAGAAACCAGAGUAGGCAAAAGCCUGAUAUUGCAAUCAUAUAGCAGCCCAUUUAGAGCAGUGUUUUGGAAGUUGAUAAAGUCAAGUGUAUGGUAAGAGACCAGGCACACAAAAAUUAGUAUAGCCUAUCAUUUGUAUUUUACUUGAAUAGUCCUGCGCAUGAAGUCUCGCCAAAAUGCCACGAACUUGGAUGACCGCCUUGUUAUAGCUGCUGAGUAUAAAAACAUUUUGACAAGGACAGGGGCAUAAGAUAGUGACCCUUCCCCUGCUCUGUGCCCAAGACCGCGGAACCUUUUAGAAGCCAGGAGUGGGAACCGCAGACAUGGUCAAGAUAGAGCUUGCACCGUUGAAUAUCCCGUUCAACCGACGUUUACAGACAGCUGCAGUUCUUCAAUGGGUCUUCUGCUUUCUCUUUGGAGCGCAGUGUUGUUUUUGUGUGUAUGUUGUGAUCGUGUUGAAUGGAUACUGGCAUGUGGCUGCACUGUAUGCCCUGUGGCUCUACCUGGACUGGGACACACCUCAGGCUGGGGGCCGCAGGUCUGACUGGGUACGCCACUGGACCGUGUGGAAACACUUUGGAGACUAUUUCCCCAUCCAUCUGAUUAAGACAUGUGACCUAGACCCAGAAAGGAACUACCUGAUGGCGUUCCAUCCUCACGGAAUCCUGGUAGCCGGAGCGUUUGGGAAUUUCUGUACAGAAUACACAGGUUUCCAAGAGCUCUAUCCAGGAAUGACUCCUUACCUGCAUACCCUCGGCAUCUGGUUCGGCUUCCCAUUCUUCCGGGAGUACCUUAUGUCCUCAGGGGUUGUUUCUUGUUCCAAGAAGAGUCUUACCCAUGUGUUGAGCCAGAAGGGAGGGGGCAACGUGUCAAUCAUAGUGAUUGGCGGGACGGCAGAGUCCCUGGAGGCCAGGCCUGGGAGCCUCAUCCUGGAGGCUCUCAACAGGAAGGGCUUUGUCAAGAUUGCUCUCAGGUGUGGGGCUCAUCUGGUGCCAGUGUUCUCCUUUGGGGAGAAUGAUCUGUUUAAUCAGCUGAAGAACCCGAAGGGCUCCCUGAUCCGUACCAUCCAGGAGGGCAUGAGGAAGACCCUGGGCUUCAGCCUGCCUCUGUUCCAUGCCCGGGGGGUCUUCCAGUACAGCUUGGGCUUCAUGCCCUUCAGACAACCCAUCUACACCAUUGUGGGAGAGCCCAUAGUGGUGGAGAGGAACAUGAGUCCCUCAUCAGCUGAGGUAGACAGGCUGCAUGGCUGUUACCUGGAGGCGCUGACUAAGCUGUUUGAGCAGCACAAGGCUGAGUACAGGAUCCUAGAGCACCAGCACCUCAUCUUCACCUGACCAGACUAAAUGAAGUCAGAUAGCACUACACUGUAGGAUUGCACCAUUCAACCAGCUCCUGACCAAUACACACUGAUACAGACUUUCAAACAAACAUAGUGCAAACAUACACAAAAGCACACAUGGGAAAUGAACACGUGCAUGCUUGCACACAUGUACAGUGAACACCCAUAUACACAAUCAAACGGCCAUCGCUCUCAUCCUUUGCUCUCUUAUACAGUCAGCAGAGGCCCAGAGUAAGUGAGCUGAGUUGAGCGUUGGAAAUCCCGCUCAUUGCGCACCACUCUGGCGCUCCAUCUCCUUUCCACCAGCUCUCUAAAAACCCCUUCACGUUCAUUAAAAUCACAAUUUAACCAACACCCAUCUAUUUUUGUGACUACCUAGACCUACCAUUUGGUUUUGAAGUAUUGAAACCAAACCACAUGACUUGAAUGAAAAGUAUUUUAAUGAACAUGAAAAGGUGAAUAUAAGAAGUGUUCAUCAUUUCAAAUAGGCUACAUGUCAUAUUAAACAACAUAUAAACACUCUAAAUAGGUCAGGAGCCAGACAAAGAGUCUAAGAAGGAACAAAAAUGUAUUAUUUAGGCUAUUUUAUUUCAAUUAUUUCAAGGCUAUAGCCUACAAAGAAAUACAUUGUGAAGCAUUUGCGAGUGCAACACACAAGGCUGGUAGGGAGUCAGGGACAUUACCAAGCGCUCAGCAUUUAAACAACAUUUCGUUGUAUCAAAUCAUUGUAGUCUAUUAAUUGGGGAUAUAGGCUGAUUUACUUUAUUAGUCUCAGUGGCUUUAAAUUAAUUUUUCGAAAGGAGUUUGGUCAGUCUAUGGCUUCAGGCUCAUGUGAUGGUGCAGGCCAGCAGUGGGGAAUAUUCUCUCCAUGCUUGCAGAGCCACUGGGAAUGCUAAACACCCUUUAGGCCACUUAUGCCAGGCUGGGCAGGGAGGCAGAUUUUUUAAAAUAUAUAUAGGCAGGCCUAAAUGUUUUUAGGCAAAGUAACCCAAUUAAAAAACGGGAAGCUCCUUGAAAGUUGGAAUAUGCCAGGCACAUUGGGCCAAAAUCAAUUAUUGCCUAUUGUAUAGAUAAUAGAACAAAAAUGAAGGAAACUUUUAAGAUAUCUGAUUUUUAGUUUAUAAAUACUUUGCUACAAUGACACACUUAAUUAGCUACCCAGCUCAUUCAUUUCUUUUAGUUUAGCAUGUGCACAUAGUAAUAAGUACAUCAUCAUGCUUUCGGGAUACGUGUCUUUUCAGAUUCCACUAUGAUUCACCUCACUCCCUCUCUUGCUCUUGGUCCUCAUCUUUGUAAGCAGUGGCAGAACUAGAGUUUUCUACAUGGGGUGGCCAGGGGGUGUCCAAGGCUACUUCAGGGGACCAUGACAGUAAAUUAGUGUGUAACCCUAACCUGGCAUCUAAGGAGCAUGAAUGAAUCCUAUGAUUGCUGAUUAGAGGUAGAAGUGAUAAUUCACUUAACCCAGAGUUCUUCAAUGUGACAGAUAGUGUGGUCCAAAAGGGUUUGUUCACUAGAAUUAUUUAAAAUAUUAUGACUAGUCAGUGUCUCUACCUCGGAGCUGCAGCUCAAUUUCUUUCUCUCACACACACACACACACACACACACAC